CUUCCUGCGCGGGAGCUGGAGCGAGCGCUCGGCGGCCGCGCUCUCUCCGUGGUCCCGGCUCUCGUGGCGGCGGCGGCGGCGCGGCGUCUCCGUGAGGAGGCGCGCGGGGACAUGACGUCAGCCUCCACCAAGGUCGGAGAGAUCUUCUCGGCGGCGGGCGCGGCCUUCACGAAGCUGGGGGAGCUGACCAUGCAGCUGCAUCCCGUGGCCGACUCUUCCCCCGCGGGUGCCAAGUGGACCGAAACGGAGAUAGAGAUGCUGAGGGCUGCUGUGAAGCGAUUUGGGGACGAUCUUAAUCACAUCAGCUGUGUCAUCAAGGAACGGACAGUGGCUCAGAUAAAGGCCACCGUGAAGCGAAAGGUAUAUGAAGAUUCUGGCAUCCCUCUUCCAGCUGAAUCACCCAAGAAAGGGCCCAAGAAGGUGGCAUCUGGUAUCUUGUCACCUCCAGCUGCCCCUCCACCUAGCAGCUCCAGUACCCCUGAUGCUGGGGGUCCUCCUAUAAAGAAACAGAAGGCUGAUGUGACUCUGAGUGCUCUGAACGACUCUGAUGGCAACAGUGACCUGGUGGAUAUUGAAGGGCUAGGAGAAACUACUCCAGCCAAGAAACUCAACUUCGAUCAGGACAGCCUGACCUUGGGUUCUGGCCUUCUCAUGACCUCCACUGAUCCUGUUCUACUGUCUCGAUGAACCAUCCACCUCUGACCCCUCUCACUUUGCCCAGACCUGUGGAACACCUGGGACUCUUAUCAAUGCCUGCAUGAGAGAAAGUCAAAAGACUUCUGGGGCUUUCUAUCCUGCUGUUCUAUACAAACACCUGCCCUCUGAUCCUUUUGAUCCAUCAGUUGGAUAUUUUUAUAAAAAAAUUAAAUAAAAGAUUUCCCUCCCA